ACGAUUUUAGUUUCGAUUUCGAUUCAAACAAUAAUUAGGAUGUUCUGUCACAAAUGUGGAGGACCACUUGUGAAUGGAGCCUUGUUCUGCUCGUAUUGUGGUGCAGGUACUCCACGGGGCAAUUUUCAAGAUCAAGCAAGAGGACAAAGAAAACAACCUGCAUUAGUUCAUCGCCCUGAUCAUCGCUUGUAUCAAAAUCCAAACUUACUACAGAGACAAGGCCAUUACAAACCCAAUCUACAACAACAACAAGGCCCUCAGCUUUAUCAUCAACCACCACUAGAGCUUCAACAAACACGUCCUGUUUACCAAACAACACAUUAUAUAGCAAAUCAAGAAACAUUGACAACAUCAACAACAGUACUAUCUGUUGGCGAGGACAGUCCCAUCUGCUUUUUGAAAACUAAGGUUGCCCCAUCACAGAGAGCCAACGAUAAGCCCCAUGAACCCUGGGUCAGUAUUGACAAGGUCAAAGGAGGAGUGAUAUCUGCACACUGCACAUGCAAAGCUGGAUUGGGUGAAGCCUGCAGCCAUAUUGCAGCCCGAUCUUCAAGUUUGAAGCUAUUGGCAGACUGCGAGUCAACAGCAAUUCCAAGACCAGUGAGGCCUGUACAUGGAACCGGUCAUUUGGGAAGAAGGUAUUUAACACCAAAGCGAAUUGUGUAUAUGGAUUUCACGAAGCCCAAGCAUGGCAAAUCUGCAAGGCUGAAAGUAAACAAGCCAAGGCCUCAUCAGGAGUGUAAACUGGAUGAAGAGGAGAAGCAAAGAUUCCUGCAGGAGCUUCGGAGAAUUUGCCCUAGUGCGGGGUGCCUCACAAAGGGUGACUCUGAUACAGACAGCGCUUCAGAGGACGAAGAUCUUCCACCGCUUCUGAACAGGCCUCUUCCCCAAGAAGCCCACAAUGAGGGGGAAAUGCAAUGGACCUGCGAUGCCUUUGUUCAAUACUUUUUGGCCACUCCCCAGCAGUGCCAAAACUUGGAGACCAUGACCCGUGCCCAAAACAACAGUUUGCUGUGGAAACGGCACCGUGAAUGGCGUGUGACGGCCACAGUGGCACAUGACAUUUUGACGCUCAAACCGCAGACUGCGCCUCUUGCCGUGAUAAACCAGGUGAUGAAGCGGGAGCAGUCGAAUUUGUCGCAUAUUGAGAGUGUUGCAUUUGGCUUGAGGUAUGAGGGGAAGGCAAAGGAGGAGUACAAAAUGGAAAUGGAAUGUUUACAUGAACAAUUUCAAUUGAGGGAGUGUGGGCUUACUGUGCUUUUUGAUCAAGAGUUUGUUGACAAACUGAUUGUCAAGUGCACAGCAUUCUGCCUCAAUCACAUUGUGCCAGAGGUGAUUGAGCAGAAGUUUGCUCGAUAG